UCAUUCCUCCUGUUUUUAGCUCCAUCAGCAGUAUAUAGGAGCCACGGGGAGGGACUAAUGGACUACAUAACACAUUAACAGUAUGAGUAUAGAAUAACCGAACCAUCUCUCGUGAUCAAAUCCAUCCCCUCCCUCAGUCUCACUCUCCGUCUCUUCCCGUGCUCGAACCACGAUCUAGGGUUUACUUCAGAUUCCAACGGAACGUAAAUUUUCUGGCAUUCUCUUUUCGUGCUUCUUCAAACCGAAAUUAUAAAAAGCUGAUGGGAGUAGUCGUUGAGAGCUCCGUUUGGGAGCCAAAUCCAUCCACAUACAUCUUCAUCUUCGUUUGUUGCUGCUUCUCGAUCUUCCUUUUCCCUCACGUCUCUAACCUCAACAGAACCUCCACAAUCUUCGACCAUGGAACCUCUCACCCGUUCCUCCGUUUCCAGCGGAACUUCCUCCUCCUCUAUUCUCUCGCAUCAGUAAUGGAAGGUCUCUGGUCGGUGUUCGGGGAGUAUGAAUUAGCUUCUUAUGGAAUCGGAAGGGAAAAUAUGGUUAAGUCUCUCUGUUACGGAUAUACGACAGCUCUCUUUGCUGCUCCUUUCCUUGGCGUGCUUUCGGAUUUGAUAGGUCACAAGAAAGUUAGUUUAAUCUUUUGCAUCCUACACUUCAUUGUUGGUGUGUGGAAGAAGAUUUCAGAGCCACCAAGCAUGUUCAUGACUAGCAUAUGUCUCUCUCUCACCAAUACAAUAUUUUCAUUCAGUUUUGAGACCUGGAUGGUCACUCAACAUGAAAAGCAAGGGCACAGGCUUGAUUCACUUAAUGACGCAUAUUGGUUAAUGACUUUCUUUGAGUCUGCAUGUUUUAUUGCCAGCCAAAUGUUUGCAAAUUGGCUGAUCGGUAAUAAUACAGAAAAAAACACUGCUCCUUCGUCUGCAGCUAUCUUCUUUGCUGCCAUAUGCUUCACUUUUAUCACCAGAGGAUGGACAGAAAAUCCAGGAUCAGCAUCUCUUAAGGAGUAUAGUCACGCAUUCUAUGCAUACAUUUUAGGUGAUAAAAGGAUAUGGCUGUUGGCGUGGGCACAAACUUGCCUUCACUUCUCUAUUGGAAUAUUUUGGAUCCUUUGGGCACCUACAGUGGUGGCCGAUGGCCGAGAAGUGCAGCUGGGAUUGAUAUAUCCGUGCUUUCUGGGCUCAAGAAUGCUAGGAAGCACUGCAUUUCCGUGUCUCACUAGUGGGCCAUCAUCGCUUAGAACUGAGGACUGCCUUGUUAUUGCAUACAUUAUACUGGCUCUUCUCCUUUCUAUUGUGGCUUAUGACUAUCAGGAAAUUGGGGUUCUGGUGACACUAUUUUGCUUGUUUCAUGCUUGUGUUGGAUUUGUUUUGCCAUCACUUGCUAGAUUGAGGACCAUGUAUGUUCCUAAUGAAUUGCGUGGAGGGAUGAUGGGCUUCUCUCUUGCCCCUGCAAAUGCAGCUAUUCUGCUUUCUGUGGUGCAGGGUGGCUAUUAUCGGAAUGUAGGAAAUGCAGCAUUAAUGGCAUUUGGCGUGUGUGGUUUAUUGCUAGCAGCUGGUUGCAUGCAUGCCCUGAAGCAAUGGGGGAAGCAACCAUAUAACAACUGGCAUAAACAGUGAAUGUAUGCCCCUUUGGCAGGCUUUGGUAGUGGUGGAUGACCUUCUCUUUUAUUGAAUGCAUUGAGGAGUAAAGAGAUGAAUAACUUAGAUGAUGCGAAUUCAGCUUGCAUACUUUCCUGCUUGGGUUUGCUUAUAUGGAGGAUAUAUUCAAUUGCACAAGCUUUGGAAGCUGCUUUCAGAAUCUGUAUCGGGUGACAUAUGUCAGUUUCUCCAGAAGAGCAUCUAAUGAUCAAAAGGGGCUCCUUAAGGAAAUGUGGCUGUUGCUAGGUACCUUCGACAAUAUUGCUUGUGCACCCAACAAUUUAAGUGAAGUGGUAAAAAUACCCUUCACUUAAAUUUUAAAAACCCUCUCCCUCACGCAUUCCGUACAUACUUUCGUCGCAAUGCAGCUUCUUCCUCCUCCAUCUUUGUGUUAUCGUUGCCGCACCGCCAUCAUUAUCAGCCUCCAUUGGUUCCAUUCAGGCCGUCUAUAUCACCGUUGUGCUUUUUCACAGUUAAGGCAACAGGAACAGAUUGCAAUUUGCGUGCAAGGGAGCAGCGGCCACGUUGUUCCAGCAACAUUUCACUUGGCGUUAGGCAUGGCACCCACGCGGAGCCCCGAACCUUACCUGUUCCCCGUCCCCAUCUCCAUCCCCGCUUUCUGUGCUGAGAGUAUUUUUUGCUCCAUUCUCAUUCUUGCUUCCCGCGAGUCGGAAAUCCCAUUUUACAUUAAAAAA